UAAAUGGCGAAAGGUCUAAUAUGGGCUACGGCUGAGGAUCUUGCAAGGAACAGGGGACGGGUCUCUCUUUAUCGCCAAAUCUUGCGGAGUCUGAAUUCGCCAAACUUGCCUCUUACUUUAGCUGCUAGGCUAUCUAAGAAGGCCGAGGCUAAAGCCAUCUUCAUGCUGGCUGCCGAAGAGAGAUCCCUCCACAACAUCGAAGACCUCAUGGAUAUUGGGGAGUAUUCUCUCUCCCUGUUGCGAAAAGGCGAAAUCCCCAAGUACAUACAAUAGACAUGCUGCAAGUAAAUGCGACAAGUAUCGAAUGCCCGUGACGCAACUUUGUCAAGUUGUUGUAUCUGGGUGGUUAGAGGGCAAUUUAGAUAAAAGAGAAGUUGGUUCUGCUUUCUUGAAACAGAUGGAGUAGGAUGGUCAUAUUGACGUCUUGUUACUUACUUCUAAACAUUAUGAUUGGCACGAAAAGAAGAUUCUUCACGAUCAGGUUCCUGAUGCAGCUUGCAUACAGUAGCUAUCCUUCUUUUUCUGAGUCUUUGUUCGGUUCAUCUGUACAUAGGAAAUCAAGGAAUUUUGUUUUCUUUAACA